UCUUUCCAUAGUAGUCAAAAAAAAUGGGAUAGAAACAGCGGCUCACCGACUUUGGUGUAUUUGCUUUGACACUAUGAUGUCGCUACCACACUCUUUCAGCUCCGUGUUGUCAAAUGUCAACAUUGCAGCUUUCAUAGUGUUCUUCAUAGUGUUCUAUUUAGUUCGUUUUUAUCAGAAACGACGACACAUCUCAAAUAUCCCACCAGGUCCGAAGCCGUGGCCUCUUGUGGGUAACUUCGGCGGCUUUCUCGUCCCGUCUUUCAUCCUGAGGAGGUUUGGACAAGAGUCAGCCCGCAAUGACAAAAGCCCGGUGGCUGCUUUAACGGAACUGAACAAGCUUUACGGUAACAUCUACAGCCUGUUUGUAGGGAGUCAGCUGCUCGUUGUGCUGAAUGGCUAUGAUGUGAUCAGGGAUGCUUUCUCAAAUCACCCCGAGGUGUUCUCAGACAGACCUGACAUCCCUGCUAUAUCAAUCAUGACCAAACGCAAAGGAAUAGUCUUCGCUCCUUAUGGGCCCGUGUGGAAGAAGCAGCGCAAGUUCUGUCACACCACACUCCGAAAGUUCGGCCUGGGGAAGUUGAGCUUGGAGCCUUGCAUCGUGCAGGGCCUGGACACCAUCAAAGCUGAGCUGCUGAGACUGAACGAGGAGUCUGAUGGUGCCGGUGUGGACCCGGCCCCGCUGAUCAGCCAUGCUGUGUCGAAUGUUAUAUGCUCUCUAAUCCUGGGUCAGCGCUUCCACCACGAGGACCUCGAGUUUCGCAGCAUGCUGGACCUGAUGGAUAGAGGGCUGGAAAUCUGUGUGAACAGCCCCGCUGUCCUCAUCAACGUCUUUCCACUGCUGUACUAUUUGCCUUUUGGGGUCUUUAAAGAGCUACGGCAGGUGGAAGGAGACAUGACAGCGUUCCUUAAGAGGUUUAUUGCAACACACAGAGAAACAUUAGAUCCUAAAAACCCCAGGGAUCUGACAGACAUGUACCUGAUCGAGAUGUUGGCUCAACAGGCUGCUGGAAACCUGGAUAGCAGUUUCACUGAAGAUUAUCUCUUUUAUAUAAUCGGAGAUCUCUUCAUCGCUGGCACUGACACCACAGCUAACUCCGUGCUGUGGGUUCUACUCUACUUGGUCUUAAACCCUGAGAUCCAAGACAGAGUCCAGGCAGAGAUCGACAAAGUGGUGGGCGCACAUCGGGUCCCAUCUUUGACCGAUAAGGGAAGUUUACCUUUUACUGAAGCCACCAUCAUGGAGGUGCAGAGAUUGACUGUAGUGGUUCCUCUCGGGAUUCCUCACAUGGCCUCAGAGACAACAGAGUUUAGAGGCUACAGUAUUCCCAAAGGAACUGUUGUUGUGCCCAACCUGUGGUCUGUCCAUAGAGAUCCCACUGUGUGGGACGAUCCAGACACUUUCAACCCAGAACGCUUCUUGGAUGAUGACGGAAAUUUGCUAAGGAAGGAGUAUUUUAUACCAUUUGGGAUUGGACGCAGAGUGUGCAUGGGUGAACAGCUGGCAAAGAUGGAGAUGUUCCUGACUGUCACCAGCUUACUGCAGGCCUUCAAAUUCAGACUCCCAGAGGGAACGCCUCAGCCUACACUGCGUGGUCGAUUCGGCCUGACGCUGGCUCCCUGCUCAUACACUGUGUGUGUAAUACCACGUAGCUAAACAGUGAAAGACUUAGUUUUAACAGAGAUAUUCUCUGACUUUGUGCUAUGUAAAUCUUUCCAGAAGUGCAAAGAUGUUUUCAAAGGUCUCCUGGAGAGAGUAUUUAGUCUGUGGACAAUAUGCAUUAUUAUUAUAAUGCAUAUUGUGGCUGUACACUAUAUUUCAGAGACAGGUGCAGUAUACAUGGAGAACUGAACAACAAUUUUACAAUGCACUGCACCACAGCAUUUAUAGCUAAUGCUAAUUUCUAAUGCCUGUCCUUGAGAAGGCCUUCAGUAUAAAAUACAUAACAUGAUAAAAAAAUAUAUGGAGAACAUGCUUACUGAUCUACACACCCACAUAGAUGUAAAGUUAAUACAUCUCUACACAUACCUUCCAUCCCCCACCCCUCCCACUAACACAAUACCUACACAUGACUAUGUGAUUGGUUGUUUUUAAGGAAUUCUUUCAAUUUCAUUUUAAAAUGUUGGCAACUCCGGUGGUUUGUUUUAAGUUCAGUAUCAAUUAAUUUAUGAAUAUUGAAGCAAUCCUUCAGUCCAAAACAUUUCAAAAUAUAUAUCAGAGAUGGCUGCAAUCUGAAGCAGCAGCUUAUAGUGGGUAUUAAAUGUGUGAUGCGUUUAAGAAACUCAUACCAGCAGACGUUUAUUUGAAUAAUAACUUGAUAAUCAAGUGAUAAUUAGUUUAGUCAUGUACACAUUUCUGUUGAUAAUUAAUGUUUAUGAGCCACUUAAAAGAAUGGUCAGUAUUAAAUGCCAGAAGGGAUUUUCAUGUUGUGUUAUAUAAAUAUGUAUUAUAGUUUGUAACUCCCCCCACACGUAUCUGAUUAUGACAUGUCUAAUAUCAGGGCAUUAUGUGAAGACACAUUUAGGCUUUUCGGCCCAAGAGUGUAAAUAUAUAUAUUUCCUUACACACUCCAUGGAUGAUUUUCUGACAGCAUUUCAACAAAAAUGUUAUUCUAAUAAUAAA